CGCCAUCUUGGCCGUCCAUAUUAAAUUUCUCGACGAAGAAAGUGGAAUACCCAAUAAAAAAGGUAAAGUCCGAUCCAAAGCCAAGUCCGAGAAUCUGUUUCCAUUGCUUUUGUUUUUGUUCUGUUUUCAUUUUUGUUUUCUUUGAAAACAGAAGAAAGAAACAAAAAACGCAACUUUACCCAUCUGUCUUCUCUUGAGCGUUGUCUCUAAUUCUCAUUUGCAAGAACACUAUAGGGGUUCAGCCAAAAAAAGGUUUUUGAUUUGUGUUCUGCUUCGAAACGAUGGCGUUUUGGUGGCCUCUGCUCGUCCUCGGAUUCGCUUACGCCAUUUGCAAAUUCCUCUUUAUGCUCAUUCCCCCUAAUGUGCCUUCCAUCGAAGUCGAUGCUUCUGAUGUGUUGGAUGAUGGGAACCAGACGCAGGAGAAUGGUUUCAUAUAUGUACCUCCGAGGGGAAGGACGCCGCAAGCUGAUACAAAGGUUCAGUGCUAUGAACCUGCAACCAUGAAAUACUUGGGAUAUUUCCCUGCACUGACACCAGAUGAGGUCAAGGAGCGGGUAGCACAAGCAAGGAAGGCACAGAAAAUAUGGGCAAAGAGUAGCUUCAAGCAAAGACGCCAGUUUCUCCGGAUUCUUCUAAAGUAUAUAAUUGAACACCAAGAGCUUAUAUGUGAAAUAUCUUCACGUGAUACGGGGAAGACGAUGGUAGAUGCCUCUCUAGGGGAAAUAAUGACAACAUGUGAGAAGAUCACUUGGCUCCUUUCAGAGGGUGAGCGUUGGCUAAAGCCUGAAUACAGAUGUUCUGGAAGGUCAAUGCUUCACAAGAAAUCCAAAGUGGAAUUCCACCCUCUUGGCGUCAUUGGUGCCAUUGUGUCAUGGAAUUAUCCUUUUCAUAAUAUCUUUAAUCCAAUGCUGGCAGCAGUUUUUUCUGGAAAUAGUAUUGUGAUUAAGGUUUCAGAACAUGCAAGUUGGUCUGGUUGUUUCUACUUCCGAAUAAUCCAAUCAGCCCUUGCUGCUGUAGGAGCACCUGAAAAUCUAGUUGACGUCAUAACUGGGUUCGCUGAAACUGGAGAAGCGCUGGUGUCUUCUGUUGACAAGAUAAUAUUUGUCGGAUCACCUGGUGUGGGUAAGAUGAUAAUGAGAAAUGCUGCUGAGAUGCUUAUACCAGUUACACUAGAACUUGGUGGAAAAGAUGCAUUUAUUGUUUGUGAAGAUGCAGAUGUGGAACAUGUUGCCCAAAUUGCUGUGAGAGCUGUUCUUCAGUCAAGUGGACAGAACUGUGCUGGGGCUGAGAGAUUUUAUGUUCAUGAGGACAUUUAUUCUUCAUUUGUCAGCCAAGUUUCCAAGAUUGUAAAAUCUGUUACUGCUGGUCCACCACUUGCUGGAAAGUAUGAUAUGGGAGCUAUAUGUUUGCAAGAGCACUCUGAAAGGCUUCAAAACCUUGUAAAUGAUGCCUUAGACAAAGGAGCAAAAUUUGUUGUUCGGGGAAGUGUUGGCCAUAUAGGUGAAGGUGCAGUUGAUCAGUUUUUCCCACCUACUGUAAUAGAAAAUGUAAAUCACACGAUGAAGUUGAUGCAAGAGGAGGCAUUUGGACCAAUCAUGCCAAUAAUGAAAUUUAGCACUGAUGAAGAGGCUGUCAAGCUUGCUAAUGACUCAAAAUAUGGACUUGGCUGUGCUGUUUUUUCUGGCAGCCAGCGUCGUGCAAAAGAGAUAGCUUCCCAGAUACAUUGUGGAGUUGCUGCAAUCAAUGAUUUCGCAUCAACAUACAUGUGUCAGUCCCUGCCAUUUGGCGGUGUAAAAGACAGUGGAUUUGGAAGAUUUGCUGGUGUAGAAGGAUUGCGAGCUUGUUGUCUUGUAAAGUCAGUUGUUGAGGAUAGAUGGUGGCCGUACAUUAAAACCAAGAUACCAAAGCCUAUUCAGUAUCCUAUUGGGGAGAAUGGUUUUGAGUUCCAGGAGUCACUUGUUGAAGCACUCUAUGGCAUGAACAUUUGGGACCGUUUGCGAGCAUUGGUUAAUGUUCUAAAGAUUCUUACAGAGCAAAACUCUCCUGCUAACAGUAAGAGAAGAGAUGACUGAGUGGGGCACAUGAGGAUUGGAACAUUUCAUCAGUUAACCGAGUUCUAAUAUAUUGUGGAUUUUGAGUUCCCAUAGAUCUCAGAAUCAUGGCUAUUGUUGAGCAUCAACCUAAUGGCGUCUGUUUUUCCUUCUGGUUAUUUUUUAGUUACAGAAUGCUUCUGCGUCGAAUGUCUUGUCAAAUCCUUUCAAGGAAAUUCUGAUUUUGAAUAUAGAACAGAGUUUUGUUUGAAGCAACGAUCGCGGCUGGUAUUUUGGGUCUCUCUAAGACUUGUAGAAAUACUGAUUUUGUAGAUUAUUUUGAACAA